AUGGUGGUCGUUUCAUCCCGUGGGCUCGAACCGCAUCGGACGCCAAUGCCGUCCAUGCUGGAUUAUUUCAAGAUGCGUCUUUCUCCUGGUACACGGCACAAGAACCAGGUCUUUCCCUGUCAGAUGCCAUACACUUUAGGGCUACAGUUGAGACUCUUGAAGCCUACCACGGCGGGAAAGGUCUUUUUGGUCAAUAACAGCCCGAUUCUAAGCAUGCUUUUGCACGAGAAGAUCUUCAAGGUUGGAAGUCAGGCAGUUAAAUCUGCAGAAUCGCCCACCGAGGCACAAGGACAGAACAUCGACGCCCUGCCUGAAAUGGAACAACCUGCAGAACCAACAUCUGAGACAGAGGAACAGAAUAUUUGUGAGCUACCUCAAGCAGAUGAAUCUACCUCAGGGGAAGUAGAACCAGCUUUAGGUGCUGAAGAACAAGAAGAUCAAGCCCUAGAAGACAAAUGGCCAGAUUGGAUGAGUGACACUUCGUCAGUUUAUACUUUCACGGUGACAAUUCUUGACAAAGUUCUCUCUAGUGGCGGCCAACAUCCCAUUGUCAACUUCGGCAAUUUCAACUGUGUAUCAGAAUCAGAGAACCCGAUACCCCCUGAGUAUGAGGCAGGCACUGAGUUUCUCAAUGCAGCACUGAAACAGGCCCCGUCACCACGACCAAAUACUCCAUCAACAGCCGAUACUCGCUAUCAACCUCAUGAAGAUCCGCUGGAUUUUAUAAAGACGCGUCUUACCGAGAAGAAUCUAGAGAAGAACCGAAAGGCUUGCAUGCCGUCGAUUCCCAUCCUCCCACGUUUUUAUCAUUUUAUGAAGAAUCCUAGACACCCCGACCCUUGCCAAAUGCCCUAUGAUAGAAAUGGGACGCCAUUGGGGUGUUGGGAUGGUUGUCCAGACUGUGAAGUAUGGCCCUCGGAUUAUGGUUCAAGGAUUUGGCUCGUUAAUAAUUGGUUUGAGACCUACUUUACGCCUCAUGAAAUGGAUAUGUGUGAUUUUCUGAAAAAUCCAUCACAUCCUUCACUCAAAUACCCGGAGCCUGAUCCGAAUGAUGACGAUGACGGCAAUGUCACAGUAGACAAGCGCGAACACGAUGAGGAUUUUCUGAUGGGAGCCGAAGGGCCCGAUGAUUUCCCUGGUUUCAAAUGGCUAUAUGAUAAUGAGCCCGAAGAUACACACCAGGACGUCGUCACUUUGUUGGCUCAAUACAUGCAACUUUGGGAAUGUAUUCAUGCUGAUGGAGGUCGUUAUGGAUUCGACUACUACUACGGUGAACGUUGCAAUGCCAUCAUGAACGAAUAUGAGCCCCACGUUCUUCCCAACGUCGGGUUCGGCGCCGAAGAUAAAAUGCAUGUUCUUCGUUAUCCGGGGAUAGAUGAUAUGAGCAAGCCUAUAUGGCAUACUAGUGGCUCCCCGUGGCCGAUGCAGUGUGAUUACAAUACUCGUGUAGAGUACACUAGGAAGGAAUACAACCGGAAGAUGCUUAUGUUUCGUGGACAAGAUGAAGCACGUCAGCGAUAUAUCCAGCAAGUGAGGGAAGCUGCUCGUUACGAAUACGUUCAGAAGGGACAUGUGGAAGAGGCGCAGUGA